AUGUUCAAACCUGUUAGAUAUACCACUUUUAAGAAUACUAAAAAAAGUGGAAUUUGUGAAAUGGCAACUAUUAGAUAUUGUGAGGUUUUAAAAGAAACAAAUCCACAACUUAUUCUUCCAACAAUUAAAAGACCAUUAACAUUUCCAUCAAUUCCAACACAUAAUAAUGGAUUUGAUAAUGAAGGAUAUGAAUAUAUUGCAUAUGCAGAUGGAUUAAUUGGAUCAGCAUAUUCUAAAGAAGGGAAUUCAUGUGCUUUUAAUAAAAAUUCAACAUAUAGGAUUAUUUCAUCAUUAGGAAAAGGAACUUUUGGACAAGUAUUAAAAUGUGAAAAUCUUUAUAAUCAUCAAAUUGUUGCAAUUAAAGUAUUAAAAAAUAAACCAUGUUAUUUUAGACAAGGAAUGCUUGAAAUUGCUAUGUUACAUGCAGCAAAUUUACAUAAUCAAAAUAAUGAUAAACAUAUAGUUAAAAUAUUAGACCAUUUUUUAUUUAAUAGACAUAUAUGUAUUGUAUUUGAGUUAUUAGGAAUGAAUUUAUAUGACGUAUUAAGAACAAAUAAAAAUAAAGGAAUGGGAAUUUCUUUUACUCAAACUAUUGGUCAUCAAAUUCUUCAAGCUCUUUUUACAUUAAAAAGAGAAUCAAUUAUUCAUUGUGAUUUAAAACCAGAAAAUAUUUUAUUAAUUGAUAAUAGAUCAACUAUUAAAGUAAUAGAUUUAGGAAGUGCUUGUUUUGAAGGAAGUACUCUUUAUACAUAUAUUCAAUCAAGACAUUAUAGAGCACCAGAAAUUAUUUUAGGGUUACCAUAUUCAUGUUCAAUUGAUAUGUGGUCUUUUGGUUGUGUUAUUGCAGAAUUACUUCUUGGUAUUCCAAUUUUUCCAGGUGAAAAUGAAUAUAAUCAAUUAGUUAAAAUCAUUGAAAUGGUUGGAAUGCCACCAACACAAAUACUUGAUAAAGGAAGUAAAACUACAAAAUUUUUUAAGAAAAUACUUAAUAAUUUUGGUAGUUGGGAAUAUGUUUUAUUAACACCACAAGAAUAUUCUCAAAUAAAUGGAGUUCCAUUUAUUGAAAAUAAGAGAUAUCAUCGUUAUCGUUCAUUACAAGAAUUUUGUAGUGGAAUAAUAAUGCAUAGAAAUGGUGAAAAAAAAACUAAUGAUGAUAUUUAUAGAGUUCGUUUAUGUGAUUUUCUUCAAAAAAUCUUUAUUAUAGAUCCAACACAAAGAAUGACUCCAGAACAAGCAGCACAACAUCCUUUAAUGUUUUCUAAAACACAACAAAGAGGAUUUGAUUGGACAAGUAAUAUAUUGUCAAGAAAAAUUGAAAUAUCAAUGUCUAUGGAUAAUAUUAUUGAAACUAUAUUUAAUCGUCCAAUGUCUCAACAAUAUCUUCAAUCUCAAAAUUUUAAUGUUGAUAGAUAUUAUCAAACCUUUAUUAAAGCAUUAAAUAAUGGAAUUGUAUUAAAUGUUCUUCAUAUUAAUCCAUUUCAUUUUAAACCAUUAAAAUGUGGUUUACCAACAAAAAAUAUAAAUAGUAAUGAAGAUGAAUCAGAAAAUGAUUUACCAUCUAUUGUUAAUAUUAGAGAAGUACCUCCAAGAAGUAGAAGUAGAAGUAUUAGUUCUUUUGAAAUAGAAGAAAAUAAAAUAAUUCAAGGAGAUGAAGAAUUACCACCAAUUGAUUGUGCCCCUCAAAUUCAACCUUCAAGAAAAAUGGUAAUGACCCCAAUUAAAAAAAUAGCAAACGCACCAUUAAGACCUCCAAAAUCAAACCCAAGACAUGGAUCUUUUUCUAUGUCUCCAAAAGGAACUCCAAGACAACCAACAAAUAUAACUGUUAUGUUAUAG